CCUCGGUCUCUCUUACUCUGAUCACCUCCCUUUUCAUCUGUUCGUCCCCCUCUGCUCCUUCAUUCAUUCUUACCUACCGGACUCCUUUCUUCUUUGUUCUCCCUUUCUGCGAACUGUGACUGUUUGACUUUUGUGCUCGCCAAACAUGGCGCCCUCCAUCCCCUCCGCUAAGCUGACUCUUUCUUGUCCUCUCUUCGCCGCUGAUUUCGACCCGCGCAACCCUGGGUUUCUGCUCGUUGCCGGUGGAGGAGGGGAGGGUCGCAGUGGGGUGGGAAACAAAAUCGUCCUUCUCGAUUCCUCCAAACGCCAAACGCUCACUCCGGUCGUGGAUAUUGACUUGUCGCGCGAUGAAGAUUCGGUAACCUCGCUGGCAGCCGCGCUGCCGACGGAGGACUCGGUCAUUGCCCUGGCUGGCAUCAACAGUUCCGUUGAAGAACAGAAGCGAGACAACAACCAACAUUUACGGUCCUUCCGCAUCGAUUAUCCUCCACGCAAAGCCUUUGGAGCCGAUCAGGUCGUUGAGUCGUCAGAUGACGGCUCGUCUGCGCCACCGACUCUUGGGAAGACUACUCCCUUGUCCCGCGCAUCGCUCUUCCGCACAGCGAAGGACUCAAAAUCAUCUGACACCUAUCAACGCCUUCUGCGCCUCUCCCCGUGGAAGUCCGGUGCACAAUCCCCUCGAGUAGCUGCCAUCGCAACCGGUCUGGCGCCGACUGGCGAGAUCGUCCUCUUUAGCGCGACCGCUACCCCUGGGCAAUCGGAGGUUAUCGGUCGGAUUCGGCUAGGCAGCGAUGAGGAGGCUGAGGACAUGGAUAUCAUUGAACUGGACGACGAGACGGGCACCUUCCGCUUUGCCUACAGCAAUGGUAUCGAUGUUUUCGUAGGCCAAGUUACUGCUGACACUCGCUCAAAUGCUGCGCCGGACGUGCAGUGUAUUUAUACGACACCGGUCCCGGAGAAUGGGCCGCGGACUAGGCCGAAGUUCCGGGCGUUGCGCUUCCUCUCGCCAACCAGUCUACUCCUUCUGCAGAACUCUCCCGAUCGUAAGGGCUGUGAGCUGAUGAUCCUCGACCUCCGAAGCGCUUUGGUUCCCAAUCCAGGGGAGAAGAAACCGCAACAGCAGCAGCAGCAGAUGACCACUGGGAAAGCAAGCAUCAUCCGGCGUAAAAAGCUUCGCAAGACCAUCAAAAUUGGUCUUGGUUUGGAUAUCUGCCUUCUAGGCUCUGGGAGCGACGAUCUCGUUAACCAGCAGCAGCAGGCCAUCAUCGCAGUCUCUGGCAGCGACCAGUCCAUCGAGCUUCUAACCCUGGAAUUCAAUCCGCUCAGCGGCCGGGGCGGCUACGGCCCUCUCCGUCACUAUACUACUCUCCCCGACGUGCACCCAUUUUCCAUGACCAAGCUUUGCUUUGCUCCCUUCCAUUCACCCCAGCACCCUGUCUCGGCCGCGACUCCCCCGCAAUACGUUCGAUUGGCCUCGGUCAGUAUGGGCAAUACAGUCGUCGUCCAUGCUCUCCCACUGUCCCCCUGCCCCCCCGCUAGCCGCAAUCCUCGCUACGUCUUGUCUAUGCCCGGGGAAUCGGAGAUCUGGACCCAUUUCUCCAGCGGGUUUGCCGCCCUCCUCUCCAUCCUCAUUGUCUGCUUCGUCCUGCAGGCGUUCACCGAGAUCCGGGGAGCAAUGCCUCCCUACCUCGGUGCUACCGAAUGGCUCCCCCCGCAUAUCCGCGACGCCGUAGCUCGACCAUAUUACCCUCCUCCUCCCUCCCCACUCCCUCCCGCUGACCUCUCAACCUCAUCCCCGCAAUCGGUUGUGGUAGCCAGAGCCCCCAACAACCGGCCCGUCUCAUGUGCAUCAUCGACCCCUUCCCCCAUCCCUGUCCUCACAUCGGGCAAACCCUCGUUCAUCACCUGCGAUUCAGCUACGAAUCUUCUACUUGUAGAUUCCACCCCAGCAGAUGCCCUUUCAUCCUACCGCCGUUGGCGCGACGUCCAAGGGGCCGACCGCGCUCGGUGGAUUCAGGGGCUUACAGAAGCAUGCUACGGUCCAGUUUCCGAGUCGGAUCUGGAGUCCGAGUCCGAGUCCAAGUCAGCGUUGGAUGACGACUCCGUUCCGACCGGUGUGUUCUUCGGGGAUCUGUGUCCUACCAAACCCGUUGAAGACCUGCCUUGAUGGUUUGGGUCCUCCUUCCUGGCGGUUGUUUCGGCCCUCCCCGUUUUUAUGCACUAUUCUUGUGAUACCGGGUUUUAUCAAAUUCGGGCGCUUAGCUGGGAGACCAAGAUAUAAUGAAGUGAUGCUGCCUGCCCUGCGUUGCUAGGCUUAAUCAACGAACAUGAUUCAACGAUAAAAAAGGGUUGGCUGGUCGAGUGAUAUUUUGUAUACUCUCUUGGUUCUUGCCGCAGUCUUGAACCGUACAGUACCACAGCGGUUCGCUUGAACCAUGCUCAUCCUCAUCUAGUGGCUGGGCUCAGCCCCUUCUUGUGGUUUCUACAUGUAUGCCUACUUACCUUACUUUGUGGUAAGGGUGUCAAUAUAUGCUAUGGGAGUAUUGAAUAUGAACUCGUUUAAAG